AUCGCGUAUCAGCACGGUGUCAUGGCUGCCACGGUGCAGGAGUGCCUGGAGCUGCAGCUGCUGGAGGUGGAAAUGCUCCUUUCCAUGUUCCCCAAGAAAGGGGAGCUCAGCCUGGACGGGGCUGCCGUGCCCGCCCUGCAGCGCUACCUAACGGACGGCGGCGGAGGUCUGCCCCCGCGGCUCGAAUACUCGGUCGCUGUGGGUGUCGGAGAGCCCGAGGUAAAAGUGGAAUUGCAGGUACAGUUGCCCCAUAUGUAUCCCCAUGUGGCUCCUCAGCUUUUUGCAAGAUCAAAUGCACUGCACAGACAGCAACAGUUGCAGCUCAACACUCGUCUCACUUCUCACAUCAGCUCUUUGGAUUCAGGUGAACUGUGCGUAUGCGAAGCUGUGCGAUGGGUGAAAGAGAACAGCCUGCCUUAUUUGGAAAACAGUAAGGUCACUGCUGAAGGUGUUUCAAAGGAAGUAGUAGUUAAAGAAACAAUUCAACGUAUGUGGAUCUAUAGCCAUCAUAUAUACAGGCAGGAACUGAGGAAGAAGAUCUUUGAGUGUGCAAAGAAAUUAAACCUGACGGGGUUCUGCCUGACGGGAAAACCUGGGGUGAUCUGUGUGGAGGGAAUCAGAGAAAACUGUGAAGAGUUCUGGCGUGUUAUCAGAUAUCCCAACUGGAAGCAUAUUUCAUGCAAACAUGUGGAGAAUAUGGAAGCCGAGGGAAGUGCUGAUAAUCUGCGCCUCUUUCGGACUUUCGAAGACUUACAGUUUCAGGCCCAUGGUGAUUAUGGCCUGAGGAACGACUAUCACAUGGAUCUGGGCCAGUUCCUUGAAUUCCUGAAACAGCAUCAAAGCGGACAUAUUUUUCAGAUUUUAUUUGGUGUUGAAGGCAAACUUGCAGACAAAUAAGAAAAAAAAUGUUGAAAAGAAUGCUAAUUUUGGACAGCAAGAGAUGAAGCUGACAUUGACAUUUGUCCCUUAGAUGCUAGGGCUGCUGUGAAAAGGGAAACUCAGUGUUUAACACACAAAAACAGUUCAAGUUGGUAUUCCUGGCUCUCUUCUGAAUCAUAGCGUGUUUUUUGAAAGAGGUGUUUGUUUACUUAUUUUCAGAGACCUUAAAAGCAGCAUUUAUCCCUGAGCCACAUCUCGAAGUGCUUACAAGGUGAUAAAAAUCCCAUGUGGUUGUAUCCCAAAUUACACUGUUCUGUCUCCUCACCCAUAGUGUGCUGUGUUACUAAGCUGAGGUGCAGAACUUCAGUUAACUUCUGCUUUUAGUUGUGGGUCACCAAAGUGGCUGCAGUCAGAGAUUAAUAUGGUUUCCAAUAUAAAAGUACACCCUGCCAAAGGGAGUCUUACUGCUGCAGUCGAGAUUUGCUGCAUUCAUUAUCUUUUACUGCUUUUAUGAAACAUCUGCUCUCAUGCAAUUCAGCCAAUCCAAGAAAAGCAAAGACUCUUGCGCCCAACCACAGUACUGAAUUUUGCUUUUAAACAGAGGAGUAGGAGGGAGGGGGAAGAAAGGCCACAUCACCCCAUCAUUUGGAAGCUUUGGUUAGUAUCUAUCCUUAUAAUGAUAGCAUUAUUGCCCACAUUUCCAAUAUCUUCUUCCUCUCAUAUCAUUAUGGUCUGGUUACAUUAAUGGUAAUUUUGAAUAGUAACAGUUGCUCAACUCGUGCUUUUUUAUACUGGUAUUGUUAGGCCUAGCACAUUGAAAAGUGUGUAAGCUACUAUAUAAGGAAAUACAUAUGUUGUGUGUGUAUAUAUAUGUAUAUAUAAAGAUUGUCAUAUUUAAAUGUUAUCGGUAUAAUAUGUAGAUGAAGAAUGUGUCUUAAAAGUCCAAAAUAGCCAUGCCUUAAAGAACCACCAUGACACUGCCUUCUGCUUUGUCCCUAAGCACCAUAAUAGGAAAAUUGGUACACAGCAAUAAAACCACCCUUCCUGUUGAGGUUUGGAUGCCCAAAUCUGAAAAUCAAGCUAUAUGCUUAGCAGCUGUUUAAAGGCUGUGUUUCAGUGCACUCCACUGAUGACUACAAAAUUAAUAACAGGGACGCUUCAGCUGCCUAUUCAUAAUACUCUGAUAUUCUCUCUUUGUGAAGAACAUGGACUGCAAGUUAAUUCCACAGACUUUAGGCCAAACAAUUGCAGUUGUCUUGCUGGGGUGAACGAAAUCUUUGAUAAUUCACAGGACUGUAGCUUUGUUACUAGAAUAUUUUAAUGCUACUGAAUAAUUUGUCAACAAAGGUUCUGCAGGUUCAGUUCUCACUAGAAAAUUUUCAUUGCUCCACCUGGGAGUGACCGGUAAGGUUUUUCUGUGGAGGAAAAUAUUUCUAAACUUACUGUUCUUUUUCUUUUUUUAAAUAACAGCUUGACAAUUUACACAAAUGACAUUGAGUUGUGAUGGAUUAAACAGUCAUUGUAUGUAUUUCUUAA